AUGGUCAACGGCAGCGACAGCUUCGGCGCCAGCCUCGAGCGUCAGAGUUGGAUACACUACUCAAUAGGGAUGGUCUUCAUCUUUCUCAGAAUGUUAGGAGGCGUCUCCAACUAUGAAGCGGAUGACUAUCUCCAGAUUCUGGCCGCGAUCCUCUUCACCGUCCUUGUAGCUCUCCUCAACAUCAUCACCGACGGCGGCGGCUCGAAUCUCUAUCCCCCCGAAUUAGAAGGCACCUUCACCGAAGCCGAGAUCGAAGACCGCAUCCACGACUCAAAGAUCGUCCUCGUCUCGGAGCAGGCCAUGCUGAACCUCAUCUACGUCCUCAAGGCCUGCGUGCUGAUCCUCUACACCCGCCUUACCCUCAACCUCGCCGCGCAGCGCCUGGUCCGCUGGCUGGCAAUGUACGUCGCCAUCGGCUGGACAGCAACACAAAUCACAAUGUUCUCCGCCUGCCGUCCCUUCAGCGGCUACUGGGCCAUGCCGCCCCCCGACCCGCAGUGCACGACGUACGAGAACUACGCCAUCCUACAGGGCUGGUUCAACAUCUCCUCCGACACGCUGAUGCUGAUGAUCCCCCUCCCGCUCGUCUUCCGUAUGAAAGUGCCCUGGAAGCAAAAGCUUGUUCUCCUAUUCGUCUUCAGCCUCGGUAUCUGUGUCAUCGUCGCGGCACUGUUGACAAAGGUAUACAACCUCGCCGACCCGUACAGCCCUACAUACAUGUUGUGGUACAUCCGCGAGGCCAGUGUCGCCGUCUACGUAUCGAACCUACCGCUCUUGUGGCCUCUGCUGAGGGAGUGGUUCCCCUGGCUGCGGAACCUCAAGACGGCGGGCGUGCUUCCGACGCCGUCUAAUCAGGCAACGGGGCACCGGACGAAGCAGGACGCGAACCUGUCGUCGGGCGUCACCGUCCACAGCACACAUCGGGGGCCCGCGCCUGCGGGGGUGCCGAACUCGAGGAGACAUACCUUUGAGGAGUUUGGGACCUGGCUCAGUGCCAGCGACCUCGAGCUGCAGAAGCCGGCGCGCGUGUUGAGAUCGACCGCGAGCAGGCGGCACAUUCUGGAGACUGAAGAGUACGACGCCGAGAGUUCGGCGCUUGGGGAGGAGAAGAGUGGAAAGAGAGUGUCGAUAGUCGCGGAGUAUAGUGUAGGGGACGGGGAGAGCAGCAUGGGAUCAAGUCCUGCACCACAACUAUCGCCGUUGGACGUCGACCAUGGGCUGCUUGACUGGGAGUAUAAACGUCGAAGUCGCUUUAGGUCAGGGGCGACGGGCUCUACCGUCGGGCAGAGCCUGCUUGCCUGGGACGAGCGAGACAGGAGUCAGGGCAAGACGAGUCGAGUAAGUAUAAACUCACGAUAA